GCGCACCUCUUGCCGGCUCCGGCCAUGUACAGCAUGCUGGAGACUGAGAUCAAGACUCCGCAGCCCACGCCGGGCAGCGCCGGGGGUAACCCCGCUCCGGGGAGCAACGGUAAAAGCGGCGGAGGUGGUGGGGCCAAUAACGGAGCGGGAGCGGGCUCGGAUCAGGACCGGGUGAAGCGCCCCAUGAAUGCUUUCAUGGUGUGGUCGCGGGGCCAGCGGCGGAAGAUGGCUCAGGAGAACCCCAAGAUGCACAACUCGGAGAUCAGCAAGCGCCUCGGGGCCGACUGGAAGCUGCUGAGCGACGCCGAGAAGCGGCCCUUCAUCGACGAGGCCAAGCGGCUGCGGGCUGUGCACAUGAAGGAGUAUCCGGAUUACAAAUACCGGCCCCGAAGGAAGACCAAGACCUUGCUGAAGAAGGACAAAUACUCGCUGCCAGGCAAUCUGCUGGCCCCGGGGGGGGGCAACGCAGUAAGCAGUCCCGUCGGGGUGGGGCAGAGGAUUGACACUUAUGCCCACAUGAACGGCUGGACCAACGGGGCUUACUCAUUGAUGCAAGACCAACUGGGCUACAGCCAACACCCCGGCAUGAACAGCCCCCAGCUGCAGCAGAUGCACCGCUACGACAUGACGGGCCUGCAGUACAGUCCCAUGAUGUCCACGGCCCAGACCUAUAUGAACGCCGCCUCCACCUACAGCAUGUCCCCCGCAGCCUACGGCCAGCAGCCCUCUACGGCCAUGAGCCUGGGCUCCAUGGGCUCGGUGGUGAAAACCGAGCCCAGCUCUCCGCCUCCUGCCAUCACUUCCCACUCGCAGAGGGCCUGCCUGGGAGACCUGCGGGAUAUGAUCAGCAUGUACCUGCCCCCGGGGGGGGAUGCUACAGACCCUUCCGCCUUGCAGGGCAGCAGGUUACACAGCGUCCACCAGCACUACCAGAGUGCCGGGACUGGCGUGAAUGGUACCGUACCACUAACUCACAUAUAA